AUGGCCGCGGAUCGUGCGGCGUGGCGCGCUGAGGUCCGCGCACGCCACGCGCUGACGCCCGACGAGCGGCCUGCACGGCCGUGUACCGCCGCGCGCGCGCACCCGCGCUGGGCGCUCGUCAGCGCGGCGCAGGACGCGCGCGAGGCGCCGUCGGCCCUCGGGCCCAACUACGACGCGGACGAGCAGACGGUGCGCAACGACUACAGCGCAUUCUUCGUCGAUUCAGGCCUGCAGGUGCCGCCCGGCGCGUGGAUCCAAAACCCCGGCGUGCGCGGGCGCUUCGCCGAGUACCUGCGGUACUUGCUGGACCUCAAGGCGCAGCUGGUCAGCGCGGCAGCGAUCCCCCCCACGUACCUGCGCGCCGACCUGCGCACAUGGCUGCCCGCGCCGACGCCGCCAGACCUCGGCGUGCUCGAGAUGCUGCGCUACGACGUGAUCUUGGUGGACCCGCCGCUCGCGGCGUAUGCGUGGGCCGCGCCGCACGAGGCGCACGCGUGCUGGACGUGGGACGAAAUUGCCGCGCUGCCGCUGCCGCAGCUCGCGUCGCGCGACAGCUUUGUCUUUCUGUGGGUCGGGGACGGCGCGCACGACGGCCUCGAGCGCGGGCGCGAGGUGCUGCAGCGCUGGGGCUACCGCCGCUGCGAGGACAUUGUGUGGGUGCAGACGACGCCGCAGAGCGCGCGCAUCGCGCCGCCCGGGCCACCGCUGCUCGCGCCGAGCGUGCAGCACUGCCUCAUGGGCAUCCGCGGCACGGUCGUGCGCAGCUCCGACUCGUUCUUCGUGCACUGCAACAUCGACACGGACGUGAUCCUGUGGCCCGGCGAGCCGACGCGCCCGGGCGGCCCGCCGUCGCCGGUGCCCAAGCCGCCCGAGCUGUACGACAUGAUCGAGCACUUCUGCCUCGGCACGCGCCGCCUCGAGCUGUUCGGCACGAACCGCAACGUGCGCCGCGGGUGGCUCACGGUCGGCGCGGACGUGGGGGGGCCGGGCGUACCGCCCGGCGCGGUGCCGCUGGAUCCCGCGCACUACCUCGCGCAGUUCGUGCUGGAUCCGCCGCAGUGCCCGCUGCCGUACCGCCACAACCUCGUGCCGUACUCGCCCCUGUGCGAGAAGCUCCGGCCGCGCACGCCGCCAGGCCGCGGCGCAGCGCCGGACCCACCGCUCCCGCGUCAGCUGCUCGGCCAGGGCGCCGGCGGCCGCGCGACGGUGAGCGUGCCGAGCGGCGACGAGCGGUUUAGUGGCGCGCAGGCCCACGUACGCAAGUACGGCAGCGUGGAGCGCUAG